AUGUUUACAAUUCCAUAUUGCUAAGAAUACAUACCUUUAGAAAAACUUUAUUUAAUGAUUGUCCUAUAAUCGGAUAAUUCUAAAAAUGUGAAUUACUAACUGAGGAAAUUAAUAAUUAAACUGUUUAAAAUUAAUGCAAAUGUGAAAAAUUUGGAAGCAUCUUUUUAAUCAAAUACCUUAACAACUCAGUUAUUCAAUAAAAUAUCCCAUUGA